AUGUCAGAUAAUAGGAAGAUCAAUCCCGUUGCCAAUUCGAACGAUACACCUUCAAGUUCAACUUCGACUUUACGUGAUCGUGAUCAACCAUCGCACCAGAGCGUCGAAGACAAGAUGUCCAUUGGGCAAAGAAAGGAAUCCAAAGUCGGAGUGGGAGUCGGACUCGACGCUGAGAAUGACGUCAAGAGUAAAGAUUUCGGUAUGGAUGAAAUUGAGAUAGAGAUAAACGACUUGAAACCGAUUGAAAUGGAAUCUAAAUAUGGAAUAACGCAAGAUAAAUCUAAUUCCAUUUCACGUACUGGGAACAACGUGAAGAAUGCGCUGGGAAAAGGAAACGAUAAUGAAGAUGAAGAUGAAGAUGAGAAUGAGAAAGGACUGGUAGAAAGUCAAACUGAAACUAAAACUAAAGGAAUUGAAAUGAUUGAUGGAAGACCAAGAGAUAUAUAUGAUAGAUAUACUAAAUCUCAAAGAAAUAGAAUAUUAUUCAUAGUCUCUUAUUCUGCGAUUAUAGCUCCAAUGUCAUCAUCGAUUUUCUUACCUUCAAUCCCCCAGAUGGCCGAAGAACUAAAUACGACACCAGAAGUUAUCAAUUAUACAGUGGCAGUAUUCAUUUUGGUUAUUGGUAUAGCACCUGUACUUUGGUCACCAUAUGCUGGGUUUUACGGCAGGAGACCGAUUUACCUAGCUUCAAUGCCAAUUAUGGUUGUGGCCAGUAUAGGCGUGGCGGUAUCCAAGAGUGUCGCUGGCAUGACGGCAGCAAGGGUCAUUCAGGCUAUCGGCAGUUCGUGUUUCCUAUCAGUAGGAGCAGGAAGCGUAGGGGAUGUUUUCAGACCUACGGAGCGUAGUAGAGGCAUGUCGUUGUUCUACAUGAUGGCAUUACUUGGACCAGCAGUUUCACCAGCUUUAGCAGGUGUUUUCAGUGAAUAUACACCUGCGGGUUGGCGUUCGUGUCAAUACUUCUUAGCUGGUAUGGGUACAUUAUCAGUCGUAAUGGUUUACUUUUGGUUACCUGAAACAUCACAUCCACCAUUAGCACAUGAUGUACUGAAAUUGGAAAAAGGGAAAUCAUUCGUUUGGUAUUGGUCCAAUCCAGUGAGAUGUAUGGGUUUAAUCAGAUGGCCUAAUAUUGCUGUUGCUUGCUUCAUCUCUAGUGUGACUAUGAUUGAUACCUAUUGUGUCCUGGUACCUCUUUCAUCAGUAUUUAAAGAAAGGUAUAAUAUAAAUAAUUUGGCUAUUGGAGGAUGUUUGUAUCUAGUAAAUGGAGCAGGUAAUAUCAUAGGAUCGAAAGUAAUAGGACCUUGGGCAGACUCAACCGUCAAGAAAUAUAUGGAGAAGAGGGGAUACAGAAGACCUGAAGAUAGAUUAAAAGCUGCUUUUUUAGGUCUUAUGGUUAUCAUGCCUUUAUCUUGUAUAAUAUAUGGAUGGGUGUUGAAUUUCAAUGCUGGAGGAAUGGCCCCACCUCUCAUUAUGGUCUUCUUCAACGGUGUAGGCUUGAUGUUUUCACUUGCACCACUAAACACAUAUUUGGUCGAUGGUAUGCAGACUAGAAGUGCUGAAGUCAUAGCUGUGAAUAAUUGCGUUCGAUAUUUCUUCGCUGCAGGUGCUUCAGCGUGUAUAUUACCCAUCGCAAAUUCCAUUGGAUGGGGAUGGACGAUGACUAUAUGUACUAUCCUUACUAUAAUGGCAGGGUUCUCGUUAUGGCUGUUAUGUAAAUAUGGAGAUAAAUGGCGUGAAAAUGCUAAUAUGAAAUAUGGAAUCACAUCGAAACAAGCUGAUGAAGAAAGAGUCGAUAAUGGUGAAGAUGAAGAAUCAGCUAUCAAGAAUGAAAGUGACAUUACUGCUACUACUACUAAUACCAACCCCACUGGUACUAGUUGUGGCGAUGGAGAUCUAAUCGAUAAUCAAGAAAAAAUCGAGAAUCCAAUUGAACUUGAUAGGAUACAAAGUACGACUGCCAGAAAUAAGAUCAGACCUGGACCUGGACCUGGACCUGGACUCAAUGGAACUGGAAUUAGAAGGAAUACAAGCACGAGGCAUAAAGGAGAAUUACCGAAUGUUGAACAAGUUUUGAAAAGGACCGUAUCAUUGAGUGGUGCUUCUGUGCAUGGUGGGGGAUGA